AUGUUUAUGAAAACUACAAGAGAAAGAAAAAGGUGGACCAAUAGAAUUCGAACAAGAAGAUUCUUCACCUACAGCCAUACUAUCAUGAAGAUUUUUCUGCGUGGGGAUGCGCGUACUGGUGGAAAAACGGUAGUAGAAGCACAUGCUCAGGCACCACUGUUUUUUCAGAGUCAUGAUUUUGUUUCCACCCGACGAGAAUUACCCGACGAGGGUGCCCUGCGGGGUGACGUACUACACGGAGAGCAGUUGUCGGAAUGAAGAUGAAUUUUUGAAAAAAAGUGAAUAAUGAUAAUAUAUAAAUGAUUAUAUGAUCUGCUAAGGCCUGCCUUCGAAGGUGAGACCUCUGAGGCUGACAGGACCACGACAGGGCCGGCGCUUAGUUAGUAGAUGUAGAUAAGUACUUGCCCGGCCUGCUUUCAAUUUUUUUUGUUUUUGUUUUUUCUAGUUAGGUCUGCUCCAGCACAAACAUAUAAAAAUGAUUUUAUCUACUAAGCGUAACAAGCCGCCCUGAAAACAGAAUUGUAAGGCUUCUUCUUGAUUGUGAUCUUGAUGAUGAAGGUUCGGAUUCAUCGCUAACCGAAUAUGAUGAAACUUUGUGAGUAUGAGUAAUCAUCGUGACGAAACACUAUGACGCCGUGCGGCAGGCUGCGCCGAAUUCUGUGCGAGAUUAAUUGUAUUGCAACUAAGCUCGCUCUACUACUUAAUAAAAGUGGACAAGAUGCCGCCACAAGAACGCUCUGCUCGCGCUCCAACAACUCAUGAAAUAAAAAACCAAGAUGCAUGGAGCUGGUCUUCUCGGUAUCAGGUGUUGUAUUUGACCUAUUAGGGACUUCGAUAGUACGUGUACGUCGAACUCCUGAAUGAAUCAUGUGUGUUCUACUUUCUGUGCUGGUUCUUCGGGGUAGACAUCAACAACUGUUCAUCGACGAAGAAAUGACUGGGGAAGAUAAAAAUGAGUCGUCAACAAAAUGGAAAUCUUCAACACUGCACUUCGGGACCUCGUCGUCUUGUGAAUACGAAUAUGCAAAUGUAGUUCAUGAUCGUUCUCAACGAACGAGUGCAACAAUUCCAAUUCCGAACUCAUGAAGACCUGUCUCCCAGCACGCACAAGGAUCCUCCACCUUCCAGGGAGUUAGAAGAUGAAUCAUUGAUGAAUUCAAAGAUGAAAAUGAGGUGGAUCAUUUAAGUCAUCUUCUAGCAGUUCUUGUCAUCUACAUCUUGUUCAUCUUUGUCUGUUGCCUGCGAAAUGCACUGUCUCCCACGCUGAGACUGUCUGAGAAAUCAAAAAAAAAA